AUGACCCAAAACUCAUCUUCGUCGCUAUGCUUUUCGAGGUCUUGGACUCGUGUGUUCGGGGAAACUAAAAGUCAUUCGGUAUUCUCUCAUGAAGGCUCCGCCUCAAGACGUUCUUUUUGGGCUCUUGAAGCUUCUCAAACCCCCUUGAAGCCUUCUAAUCCUCAUUUGUUUGACCGUUUAGAACAGCUUCGUGGUAGUAUUCACGAAAAAGCUGUUUUAUCACUACGUGCCUCAGCGGAGUUGUCUUCAAGAUUCAAAAACGAUGAAGAGGAGGUUGACAGGGGCAAUGGACAAAACGCGGAGCGGCGUCAUUUCCGUGAGGUCCCAUUGUUGGCACGCACAAGGUCUUUUCUUAAGUCCAUGCCGCAAGGACUGGAGCAGACUGAAGAUGAAGAGUCGCGGGGGGCCGAUCAAAACCUAAGGACAUCUCCGAGCCUUCAGCAGCUGCGUGAUGACACUACAGGUUCAAAGCUCCAAAGGCAUCAGGGACGGUCGAAAAUGGAGUGUCUUUCUGCAAAUAAAUCAUUGAGUAGUACUGACAGUGUAAUAACCUCUACAGGAGUGUUAGGAGUUGCCGACCACCAGGUGUCUUGCAAAGGGGAGAAAGUUUUGGGGAGCGUCAGCCAACCGAUCACAUCACAUGCAGUGCCUGGUAUGCGUACACAGUCUCUCUCUUUCUUUCCUGAAGUGAUUGCAACAGAAAAGAAAGUGGACAGCACACAUAGUUAUGAGCCCCCUCAGAAGCGGGGAAGACAGCACAUUUCAAUGUUUGCCAACACUACGCUGAAUGGUGCAAGUCCCAGCCAGAUGCGGCAAUCAUGGUUCUGGAGUGCGUCUACUGACAACGGCGUGAAGACGAGCAAGAAUUCUGUAGUCAUAGACCCAUCUUCGAAGGAGAAUGGUAUUUUGCCCAAGGAGGCGAAACCACAAUCCUCCUUGGGCUGGACGUUACCUUACAGUGGUUCAAAUCUCAAAGUGACUAGUGUAUUUAAAAUGGGCCAAGACAAUGUUCGCCAGGAUAAAGAACAUAACUCCGUCUUACGCGAAGACGAAGGGUGCAGCUCAUCACCUACUGGGAAUCUUACAUCUGUCGCAGCCAUGCGCCUGGCAGUGCACGAUAAGGGUCACCUUGUUGAAGCAUCUCAAGGAAGCGUUCAUACGGAUAUUGUGUCUGAUAGCCAGGGCUCCAGCCGAAGAAAAGUGACGAAGAGAAGCCGUAAACAAGCUUCUCAUCAUCCUUCUGAGAAUGGGAGUACUUUUAACGAAGUGAAGCGUGGUAAUAACACACUUGCUGUCACGGACAUGCGUUAUAUUGUGUUUGAUACGUCCUCUCUACUGGAGUCGGACCCUGGUGUGCUUAAUUUGCUUGUCGAACGAUGUGUGAUAUGCAUUCCCUUCACCGUCAUCGAUGAACUCGAUAAGCUCAACAAGGGAAUCUGCAAGACUCUGGCAUCACCGGAGAUGGAUCUGAAGCGUGAAUGGCUUCGUCAUCGAUCCCGUGAAAUUAGAAAUUUUCUUCUUGCACAGCAGAAGUGCGUGCAACCGGAUACACCAGAGGUUUGCCGCAUAAGGAUCCAAAGGCGUACCGAAGUGAUACCGGAAUACCAUGGGCAACCUAAAUGCAAUGAUGAUUAUAUUUUAGAAUUUGCAGUUUAUUUGAAGGAGAAAGAAAAACUACAUCCAGUCAUAUUUGUUAGUGAAGAUAAAUUUCUUUGCAUCAAAGCGAAAACCGAGCUCGGUAACAGCUGCUCAUAUGCGGAUUUGAAGCAUUCUUUUGGUUUACGUCCCUGA